GGAAGUGUAUUUUUUUGGGGGAAAAAACUUGGUAUUUUUUGCAUCGAUUUUCCGCUAAAUAAUUAACAAAUUCCCCAGUCCGGUUGUUGAUGCUGCAUCACGAACGGAGUGUGGAUUGCUGAGUGAUUGAGUUCCUCACUGGCGGAGGGAAAAUUCCGUGCCAAUUUCGCACCAUCAAUGCAUCACCUUUUUCACCGAGACUUCCAGUAACUUCUGCAGUCAGUUUUUCUCGUCACAUCCCGCGAGGCAGUGUAGCGAUUCUUGUGGCAAGAAGGUGGAGCUUGAGGGAGGAGACAAGGUAGCGCUCCCUCGCCAUGUCACAUCCAGUGACAACGGACACCGUAAACGGGUCGGUGAACGCCACUCCGGAACAGAGCAAUCAUCAGCCAAAUGUGCGACACAUACCGAUCUUCGUUGAAGGUCGCGAUGAGCCAGUGAUUAACAAGAACUUUGACACCACCCCGUCGCAGAGCGCAUCCGGGAGUGACAAGGGCUCACCGAAUGCCAGCUUUGGCGAGCCUGGGAGUCUGUUCAGUCGCGUCAAAAGCUUCCCCGUGCGGUCCAGCUUCGACAGCGAGCUGUUCCAGAAGGCUGGCGCCAGGACCGCCUCGCCGGGACGCACAGUGCCCAUCAAGGUCCACCAGCAAGCGCCUCAGCAGACAUCGAGUGCCCAGCAGGCGCCAGCAAAAGCGCCAGAAGUGCCUGAAUCGAAGCCCCAGUCGAAUGCCAAGCCAGAUUCGCGAGCGGAGGCUGCUAAACAGUUGCCUAGAGAUGAUCUCAUCGGGAAGAUCGAGAGGAUCCAGAAGGACGUCCUCGCGCUGAUGGACCAGGUGGAGAAGUACACGGGGACAUCGCGAAGGGAUAAGCAGUAUCUCUACUUGGACGAGAUGCUAACCCAGAACCUCCUGAAGCUCGACACAAUCGACACCGAUGGCCAGGAGAAGAUCAAGCAGGCGCGCCGCAAUGCCAUCGCGUGCAUCAAUCAAUGCAUCGCUGUCCUCGAGCAGAAGACCGACGCAGCUGCCAAGAAUGGCGACGCAUCUGCAGCAUCCCGGGAAUCCGCGAAGGCGCCGAAGGAGGCAGAAAGUGAAGCUAGUCAAAGGAAGUGAACUCUGAGGACAAUGAAA